UGAAGAAGGAGGUAAAUAGAAUUCUUCUUGUAGAGAAAAGAAAGAGAGGUAUCCGCGUUCGAAGGAGACUGAUCCCGACCCGAGGUCUUUUUCUUUUGUACGGUUCAACCCGACAUCAGUUUUUGGCAAUUUCGGUAUACCUAACAACCACAUGUUGCGUGCGGGAAUGUCUUUUAUUCCCAUAACGAGGAAGAACUGUAAACAAAUCGGUUUCGGGUUGCUUGAACUCUGGGUGCAUAGUGCAUUUGCUGGGUACACACAUAUUCGCAACGGUUUUUAGUUGUUAGGUAUAAUGUUGGUAUAAUUCACAAUUGAUUGCCUUCUUCUUCCCGUUUCCUGUAUGAUGGUGCUUGGUUAUCGCUGUUCUAUGUCUAUGGCAAUUGCUGGUUGCACUGGUUGCAGUAAUGUAGGGGAAAUGGAAAAAGUGCUUCAAAAAGUUAAUGGACCCAUGUCUUGGAAAAUUUGAAUUGCCUACUCCACGACCAUGUAGUCACGCCCACCGCCCAUCAUGUCCACGCCCUCGCCCGACCCCCAAAAGUCGGAACACGCCUACCAGUCGAGCGACGCAAGCGACCAUGGCCUGCUGGGCCGCGUCCACGCCUGCACCUGCGCGGAGAAACCGCCCUCGGACACGCCCCCCGACCUCCGCCACGCCCGCCUGAAUCUAGACCACGCUCCCCAUAAGUUGCAGGCCACGCCCAAGGGCGGGGCGGGGGCGUGUACUUGUCAUGUGAGGGAGGAGCAGGAUGGAGGGGACUUGGAGCAGUGCGGGCAGGGGAGGAAGAUGGAGGCCGAUGAUAGGAUUGAGGUGUCUCCGUUGCCGCCCGCUUUGCCGCCCCGUCCCCCGCCCAGGCCCAGAUACGAGGGCAGUUUGAGUUCUAGGGUGCGCGUGAGGAUGGCAACUCCCAGUCAUGGAGGCAUCCGAAAAUACGUCUUCUGGUGCUGUGCUUGCGGCGGUUUGGCCACCAUCUUGGGAGCUCUAUUCCUGGCCGUAUACUUUCUUCUCAGGUCCUACACGUCCACCUUGAGCUACUUUGAAACCAUCCCUACGUUUGUGCCUGCAACAAUGUUGAUCCUCACUGGAAUUUGUGUGAUGAGUUUGGCCAGAAGAAAAAACAGAUACAGUUAUUUGAUCAAAGUUUGUGGUUUGUGUUGUUUGGUUUGCGCCUUGACAUGCGUCUUGGUGACUAUCACCACAACCGUCAUCCACAUGAACAGACUGCAAACUCUGAGAGAGUGUGUCUACACCCAAAAAACGAGAACCUGCACCUGUUACUCUGUCCUUUUGGAAGCUCAUUCCACAGCAGAUGACGGGAUGAGAUACGUUUUUGAUUCCACCCCAGACUGCGAAGUAAUACAUGGAGCACUGUACUCUUGCCUCAGGGCAAUGUUUGGUCUGUCAGUGAGUGGAAUCCUUGUGUGCAUAUUCUCCUGCAUGCUCGUCUAUCAGCUGCUCAGUCACGAAAAGAAAAAGAUGUAUUGGGAACAGCUGGAGCUCCGUUGCAGAUCGUUCUACCAACAGCAAUCUGGUCCCCCGUCCAGCAACCAUGGUUCCGUUCGAGGGGUAUCUCUGCCUCCAUCGACCUAUUGCAGUUGUUGCGAGGAAUGCAGAUACCCCCCGGUUACUACCGGUCCGCAGGUGUAUCCUUGGGACAAUCACCUUCCUCCAGAAAGAUUUUGGGCGCCCGGUCGAAUCGGCAAUUUCUAUUCUCCAAAUCCGGAAGAUGGCCCUCCAAAUAACUCUGAAAGCCACAGUAGAACAAGGCCAUUGAGUGGUUGGAGCUGGAGACGAUUACCAUGGAGUCGAAACGUCGGACAAAACGAUACACAAAGAGACAAUUCUCUGACGUACCAAGGCAACACCAGCAGCGCGGACAGCCAGUACGGCUUCGGCAACCGGACGAGCGCCCCGAACAACCUGCACGACCAAACGACCGGCUCGACCGGAUCGUACAGCGUUCUGGACAACCGACCGCCGGUAGGGGGGGUGUAUGUAUGGGGCCCGCCGCCCCCCUACUCGGACCCCAACUCGCCCGCCAGGCGGCCUGUGCACCAAUCGCCGGGAAGGUACCACCACGCCGCUCCACAUCUGCACCACCACCCGCACACGCACGAAUCCCACUGUCAAAUGAGCGACAGCGUCGGGGCGGGCGUUUCCCCUCUCAGGGCGGGCACCCGCCGCCCCGCCCGCCCCCUCUUCUCCAACAAGGACAACUACGAGAACACGACGACGACGCCAGAGGUGCACCACCCCCACCUGCAUCACCACCACCACCAUGGGGGCGGGGGAGGGGACGGUACGGACUCGUCGAGCUGUGAUCGUGGGGCGGCGCACACGCUGCCCACGCGGCGCGCCAAGAAGAAGGCGGAGGCGGGGUCGGUGAAGGGCGGGGGCGGGCAGACGGGGGGCAGGGCGCACGUGCAGAGCGUGUUUGGGAGGGGGGAGGUGGGGGAGGAUGGGAAGGUGGACUCUGAUCACGACUAUCACGAAGCCUCGAUACCCGAGCCGAAGCCCAUCAGUGAAGGCCACAAGUGUCGAUUCGCCCCCCGGCUGCAAGGUGUGGAAAACGCGGCUUUCCAAACGCAGGAGUCCAGCCCCCAGAAGCCCGAGGCCACCGAAUCUGAGGUGUAUUUUGCGGACGUCAGCAGCUGUUGCAAUAUCUCUGUGAGAAAUGACGGCCAGGAUUCCUCGCUGUACGACGAAGCCUUAGACAAUCAGAAACCUAGACUGAUGUCGCUGCAAAAAGGGGACAAAGAUGCAGGGACCAAUCAGAUAUUGCAAAAUUUCCAGGAGAACAUCUCCUCAUCGACGGCGACCGAAGACGAAGACUACCUCGCCCACCGCAUGGGCGACCGUCAGAUGUCCGUCCGCAGCCGGCUGCCCUUCCCCCUCCCCGAUCUCGACUCCAUACCGCCCAAAGACAAACAAUCGAUGCCGCCCAAAGACAAACAGUCGGCGGCGCUGCCCAGAGACAAUCAACAGGUGGCGCCCAGAGACAAUCAACAGGUGCCGCCCAGAGACAAUCAACAGGUGCUACCCAGAGAUGCCUCGAUGAUGCCGAAAGACAAAGACGGACAUCAGUUGAUGUUGUCCAAGGACGGACUGCAGUUGAUGAUGACCAGGGACGUGUCGGGGCACAGCUUGUGCAGCGUCCAGACGCCCAUGACGGAGUCGACGGACGAUGGGGUGUCGCCGGACGAGUGUUGCGGGGGCGGGGGGUACUUCCAGGAAAGGGUAGGUGGGGGCGAGCAGGGGAUGAGGAGGAUGGAGCACUAUCUCGCCCCCGAUGCUCAGUACGAGGUCAUCCCCGACCAAGACACCUAUCGCCAGCCGCCGAGCAACCUCACGGCUACCAUCUCCGGCCUCCAGUACGACCAGACCUACUACCCGCAGACCAACUUCCCCAAAAUGCCGCCGCCCAAAACGCUCAAUCUGCAGCGCAGGAACAUCGGCUCCAACAUCUCGGCGCUCAUCCAGAACCUGGGGGGCAACCCCCCUGCCGGGCUGCUGUACGGGGGGGACGAGGAGGGGCAGGGCGGCCAGGGGGGAUGCCAUAGCGACGGCACCAUGGAUUCGGGCUGGCAGAGCGGCUCGGAGAGAACCGAGGGGGGGAAGCAAGAUGGCGAAGGGGUGAAUGUUUAGGGUUGGACGUUAAAAAUUGACCCUCAACUUUCGACUUUUCUCGAGGAAAGAAAUUGCCCAGGUUGACUAAUUUAUAACAGAUUUUAGACUAUAUGUGUAUAACAAAAAUCCAGGCUAGUAUAGACAUUCCAACUUGGAUCUUCAAACCCGCCUACUUGAAUCUGGAAGUUUCAGCUCUUUUCCGAAAUUCGGCUUUGUUUCUCGAAAUGUGAAAUUGAAUCUCGAAAUGUAUGCCUUGUAACUCUAAAUUUCGACUUGUGCAACUUGGAACAUUGACUUUUGUGUAUUGAAAUAUUGACUUAUAGAUCCAAAUUGCGUCUUUUAUCUUCAAAUCUCGAAUUGUAUCUUCAAAUUCAUACUUCAUUACACGUGUAUACUGUUUUCUCUGAAUUUCGACUUGUACAUUGAUAUUUCAACUUCUUCAUUCAAAUUCCGACUUUCAUCUCUGAAUCACCGCUUGAAUCUUCAAAUUCUCACUAGUAUCUCCAAAUUUCGAUUUGUGCAACUCAGAACAUCGACUUGUGUAUCGAAAUUUUGACUUAUAGAUGCAAAUUGCGACUUUUUAUCUUGAAAUCCCAACUUGAAUCUUCAAAUUCAUACUUCAUUGUACAGUAUUGUGGCUGAAUUUCGACUUGUACAUUGAUAUUUUGACUCCUUCAUUCAAAUUCUGACUUGUACCUCCAAAUUCAUACUUGUGUAUAUCAGAAUUUCGUUGUGUUAUCUCACAGUUCCUACUUGUGCAUCAAAAUUUCGAC